GGUCAAGAGUACUUAGACAGUGCCGAAGCUAUUCACGAGACUGUUCAUUAGUUAAAAGAAAAGACUGAAUUUUUCUUCUUUUCGGAGACGAAAGUAGCCGAUAAAAUUUCUUCUGGGUUGUGUUUAUUUUUGGAUAUAAACAACUAGAUUUAAUCCAAGUUUGAUGCUUUAGGUUUAACAAUGGCGGGAAUAGCGAUAGUAUUAGAUCUAUGGAGGAAAAACUCAGGCUUUUGUUCACCUCAGACCGUUCACUCUUCUGGAUUCCUCUCAGCUGCCGCUGCCGCUGCCUCCGCCGCCUCCGCCGUUCCUUUUGCCUCCCGCUUCUUGUUUGGCUCCCCUAAAUUUCCAGUUGCAUACUGUGAUGCUGGUGCUGCGAUAACUGAUGAAUAUAUUUCCAAUAUACAAAAGGCACCUGGAAUUUUUUUUCAGCAUGAUGCUAUUAAAUAUACUACUAAAGAGUAUGACAUCCAAUUAAAACCACUUUUCUCUGCUUUUGAGUUGAGGGCAUUUGCUAUGACCUCCUUGAGGUCAUUUUUAAUGUACUAUUUGCCGCUGUUGGAGGCCACUGUGAACACAGAAGAGGAUGAUGAGGACUUCCUGCAGGAAUCUCAAGAAGAACGUCACGUGGAUCUGGUUGUUCCCUUUAAAAAAUCAGUGAAGCAAAUUGCCCGUGAGACAACUGUUGUAACUACUAGACGGAUUCUGGAAAGACUUGCUGUCCACUAUGUUUCACAGCGGACUGCAUGGAAACUUCUCAAAGAUGCUCCUAAAUCUGCUAUGCGGAAGGCUGAAAGAGGACUGCCUACUUUCGUUUACUUUGUCAGAGUUAGCAGAACUACUUUUAGAGGACACUUUUUAGGAGUUGCAGCAUCAUGGAUUGUCCAAAUUGGUAUUGAAGUUUACCGGUCUAUUUCUCGCAUUAUGAAAUCUGGAGAAGAGAGUGAUGAUAAGGUUGAGUCUCAAGAAGCAAAACUUCUUGGGAAAAAGGUUUUUGGUGUUACCAUCAGGUGUGGUUCAUCUCUAGUUUUCGCUUCCAUUGGAGCAGGGAUUGGUGCCACCAUUGUUCGCCCUUCGAUUGGUCAGUGGAUAGGCUGUGCUGUUGGUGAUUUGGCAGGACCAAUAAUUGUAACAUUUUGCCUUGACAAAGCUCUACAUGUAGACCUUUAAAAUGAUAAACUGACAGACAUUUCUUCCCUCCUAUUCGGGUUGUACUGAUAUACAAUAGUUCUUUUUUUGAGGACAUUUCAUAUGAUUCUACCUCUUCAUUUGGUAGUUAUUAUGAUCAGGUUUUGAAGCACAAGCUGCUUCUAAAGCUAUUCAUCAAAAGCUUCCCAUUUUUUGAGGUCAUUAUCAUUUUCACUGUUGACAAAUUUCAUAAUAAACCUUUUUCCCAUUCUGAUUUA